GACACUCACGAUGGUGACUCCCGGUACGUGCAGAGCAGUGCAGAGCAGUCGAGCUCGGUGAUGGCGGCGGCGGCGGGAGUGCUAACAUCCCCCCCAGCAGACAAGCAACGGCACACUUCGGAGCUCCUCUCUCAGCUCCGCGACGACCUCACCCCGCCACGGCUCAAUGCGACCGCGCGUUUCCAGGCUCUCGAACAGCUCAAGGUGUACAGCCGCGACCCGGUCGGCAACGACGAGAUGUACGCUGCCUCUGGGAUCGGGGUGCUAGGCGCGCACGGCUUCGUGGUCAACGCCGAGGACCGCCAGAGUGCGCGAGAGGCGCAGAGGGCGCUGGCGAACACCCUGCUCAUGGCGCCGAAGACCAGGCAGUUCGUCGUGGAUUGUGGGUUCCAUGAGAAGGCGGCGGAGGCGUUUACAAGCACAGAUUGCGAUGAUGAGUUCUUGCUGGCUAGGAUAUUGCUGCUGAUUACCUACGAUACCUCGGCGGAUUUGAAGAAGCUGUUGAAGGUGCAUGGGUUGGAGACGGCGGUUAAAGAGGCUCUUGCACGACAUGCGGAGGACGUACGACCGUCGAAUCCCAUGGCUACUAUGGCUUUGUCGGAAACAUUAAAGCUGUACUUCAACUUGACACAUUACGUGGCGGAUGAGGAGGGACUAACAAUAGGUUGUGCACCGUCAUUAUUCAAAAUGCUCCGGCAGCUCGAGCCAGCAUCUUUCCCUCUCCAACCGCCGCUCUCGAAUAUCCUCAAUGCAAUGGUGGGCGCAAGACUGUCGGCGUGCAAAUAUGCUGCAUUCCCGCCGGAAGACCCGCUGUUACAUGUCAAGAAGCUAGUAGAUAUACUGGAUAAGGCGAUAGACCCAAAGUUCACCAAGCUCGGCGCAAACACCUCUGAGAGCUGGGACGAGGCUGGAACCCCGUUGGUGACGUUGUUGAGGGCUAUUGCAGACAUCGCAGACGAGGAUGUGAAGGACUACCUCAAGAGCCGGUUGCUACCAUCCGAAGAGGAACGGAAGCAGCCAUUAGGAAAAGGCACGACGCUCGCCGCUCGCCUCCUCCAGCUGUCAAGCUCCGCUUCGGCACCGAACACUCGAGAGCACAUCUCCUGGCUCCUGUUCACCCUUUCCGACCAAAACGCCGAACAAUUUAUCCUCAACAUUGGCUACGGCUACGCCUCGGGGUUCUUACUGACCCACAACAUUCCCCUCCCCGCCUCAUCCGACAUGCCCAGCGCGUCGGCCUCAUCCCGUCCCAUCAACCCAAUCACCGGUCAAACACUCGACUAUGAACCCACCCUUACCGAUCCUUUCGCCGGGAUGUCACAGGAAGAGAAGGAACGCGAGGCGGAACGUCUAUUUGUCCUCUUUGAAAGAUUGAAGAAGACGGGGGUUAUCAAUGUUGAGAACCCGGUGCGGCAGGCGGUCGAGCAGGGCCGGUUCCAGGAGCUGCCGGAUGAUGCGGACGAGUAGAUGGGCGUGUGAAUGCCUAUCCUAUGUAUAUUGUGGUCUACUGGCUCUACGUGUACCUUUAAUACUAGUACCUAUACUUGCAAUACUUGCAAUGGCACGGCUGUGUCGGUGCGUCGGUGUGUGUCGGUGUGUCGGUGAGAGUGCCGUAUGUGUGUGUGCGGAUGGCGGAUGCGGGCAUUCGGGCCGUCGAUGAUUCUCAGCUUCCUCCUUUUUCGAUCUCG